UCUAGGGAAAACGCAAUAGUGAGGCGGAAGUACUGCCAUUUUUUUCGGCUCCAGCCGCGGCAGACGUACAACGCGGGCUCUCCGUGUAGCAAAGCGUUCCCUCUUCAUACGCUCUCAUGCACCUCAGCGCGGGAGGUCUCCUCUUAUCGGUCCUCCUCGUCUUAGCGGAGGGACCCGCUGAGGGGAAUGCCGAGGCGGCAGAGCAGCUGAGCCCCUAUUUCGGCACUAAAUCCCGCUAUGAAGAGCUCCACCCGCACCUGCUGGAGGACCCGCUGUCCCUCGGGCCCCCGCAGCCGGGCUUUCCGCUGCCGCCGGCCUCCUGUACACCUCUUAAGCUCAUCGGCGUCUUCCGCCACGGCCCCCGCUUUCCCACCCGCAAGCAGAUCGAGAAGCUGGGCCGCCUCCACAGCCGCGUCCUCCAGAGGAACAGCAGCAGCCCGACCUGCCCGGCUGUCGAGCGCUUGUCGCGCUGGAAUAUGUGGUUCCGGCCCGACAUGGACGGCAAACUGGCCUCCCGCGGGCGCCGCGACAUGGAGAUGCUGGCCGGGCGCCUCGCCGCCCGCUUCCCCAGCCUCCUGGGUCCGAAACGCCGCUUCGCCUUUGUCAGUAGCUCCAAACACCGGUGCGUGGACAGCACCAACGCCUUCCGGGAAGGGCUCCGGCAGGCCCUCUAUGGGCAGCAGGCCGCGGCCGAACCGAAUGCUACAAUGACAGAAACACUUGAAAUCAAUGACAAACUAAUGAGAUUUUUCGAUCACUGUGAAAAAUUUGUAAGAGAUAUAGAAGACAAUAAUACAGCUAUGCAUGAAGUUGAUGCCUUCAAGGAAGGUCCUGAGAUGAAAAUGAUAGUGGAGAAAAUUGCAGAUACACUGUGUCUACCAGUAAGUGACCUAAAUGCAGAUUUGAUUCAGACAGCAUUUUUCACUUGCUCAUUUGGGCUAACUAUAAGAAACGUCAAUUCCCCCUGGUGCUCACUCUUUAGUACAGAAGAUGCCAAGGUACUUGAAUAUCUGAAUGAUUUAAAGCAGUAUUGGAAAAGAGCUUUUGGAUAUGAUAUCAACAGUCGUUCCAGCUGCAAUCUUUUCCAAGAUAUUUUCAAACAUUUACACCAAGCUGUUAUAGAGAGUAAAAGUUCAAAGCCUAUUUCUUCACCUGUGAUCCUCCAGUUUGGGCAUGCAGAGACCCUUCAACCCCUCCUUGCUCUGAUGGGUUACUUCAAAGAUGACGAGCCUCUUAAAGCACACAACUACCAUAGACAGAUGCACCGGAAGUAUCGUAGCGGUCGCAUCGUCCCUUAUGCCUCAAACCUGUUGUUUUUGCUGUAUCAUUGCGAUCAAACCAGUUUUCCAGAGGAGGAAUACAAAGUUCAGAUAUUGCUCAAUGAAAGGCUGCUGCAGUUUCCACACUCAGGGGAGACUGUUUCCUUGUACACCAGUCUGAAAAACCACUAUAAAGACCUGCUUCAGAACUGCAAUUUUGCUGAAGUGUGUGCUAUGCCAAAGAACACUACUUGGAUUGAUUAACCGUUAAAACGGAUACAAUAGGAAAAGUAUUAUGGACUUAAGUGAGUGUGUAAGUUCUAAAGGAAAUAGACUUUUGGAAAAAAAAGUCAAGGUUCUAGCCAAAGCACGAGCCUGUUAAAAAUCCGUAAAGCAUCUGAAAAUAAUUUUUGUUAUAUAUUUGGGUGUGAACAACUACCUUUCUAGAAUCUAGAAUUUCCUAGGAGGAAACAAUCAGUGCAGAAUUUUACUCAGCAGUGAUGCUAAAUACCUAAGUGUUAUUAUCAACCACAAUUACUGCUUUGCAGAAUAAGUAGUUGUUAAAAAAAUAUGUACAAACAUCUCUUACAACUUGAUAUAUAAGACAUUUCACUUGGUUUUCAUAUAAUGUUCGGACAGAACUUCGGCCUCACCUGUAGUCAUAUCACCUACAUAAGUACUUCCUCUCUGCAUAGAGGAUUUUGGAGACCUAUCACAAAAUUUAUAUAUCAAGGGUAGCACUUUAUCUUUUUCCAUUGUUUAGCCUUCCUGCUGUUUGCUUUUGCUUUUAAGUGUUAGAAAGGUUCUGCCUAAUAAGAACGUGGCUUCCUUCUAUAAUGAUAAACAAAGUCUGAUGGUAUUUGGGCAGAAGCCAGUCUAAGUUAGUCUGAUAGUUUUCUGCAAUAGUAAGAUUAAGGAAAAUCGGACUGAAUGCAGGUUCAGAGAACAAUGUAUUGAGGCUUGGGAUAGUAGUUUAUAUACUGUGCAUUAUAAAAGGGAGUAGCCUAUACUCUACAUUAUAAAAAUAAUUUGCCAAACUUUUAUAAGUUUUCCCUUUUAAAACCAAUUGUGUGAGGAAACUGUAUAUCCACUUUUUGUUGCAGAAAUUAUAGUGAAUCAAUAAUUUAAAUAUUAAUAAGCUCAAAAUCAGUGAACAUCAUCUCUUUAGUCAUUUGUAUGUGUGUGCUGUUUCUGUAUAGAUCCAUCCCUUGAAAUUGGAUGGGUUUUAGUCAGGGAGCAUUCUCAGAUACAGUAUUGUUAACAUUUUUAAUGCUACUUUCAAAAAUCAUGUUUUUAAGAGAAGCACUUGGAUAUUUAGAACAAAUAUCCAAAACAGGAUAGUUUGGACAUUUAUGUAGGUUAGAAUUAAAGAUAUAAAGUAACUUCAGAAACCUAGGUUGAAGUUGGAACUAAAUGCUGUAGAAGGUAUUAAAACAAGCUGUAUUAAAAAGUAGACGUUAGACCCAGGGAACCUUAAAUAAGCAUUCAAAGAUUUUUAUUUCUAAAAGAGAGCUUUAUCUUUUUGGACCAUUUGGGGAGGGGGCUCUUAGUGUGAGACACAAAAUGAAAAAAAUUCUAAGAAUAGUUUUGUUUAUAAGAGAGCUCAUCUAUUUCUGAUACAUACAACUGUUAAAGCAAUCCCAUAGAAGAAGCAGUGGGUAUGUGCAUUUACCAGUUCAGCUAAAUGAAACCAAUAUUAUGCACUUUGGUGCAAUACAAAGGAGUCUAUAGCUACUUCCAGCUUAAGACAGUUCACCUUUUUGUGCUUUGUUAAGCUCUGUAGCAUUUAUUGUCAAAAAGCUGUUUUCAUUUGGAUAAAAAUAUAUGGAGUAUUUGUGAUCUGUGUCCUUAUGCUAUCUGCUUAAGAGUUUUUUUUAAUUUCAUUAGUUUUGAUUAAAGGUCCUGCACAGAAAUCUGCCAUGACUUUUGGAAUAUUUGUAUGUUGCUGUUUUUCUGCACCAUCCACAUUGCAGAGGAGCCAGCCUGAUGAAAACAUAUGGGGGUUGAAAGCCGGCAUUUUGAUUGAUUGAAUUUAGUGGUCUAAUAAAGGCAUCAUCUGCU